AUGGGCAAUUGUCUCAGUGACGUCUCAGUUGUUAUAGAUUCCUAUAGACUCACUUCAGAACAACUUCUGGUUUAUCUCGUAGGGGAGCUCGACCUCUACAACCUCGGUUGGACUUUGCCUUACCGCUACUUUUGUGUUUGUUUGCCACCCACCACAGCGACCUCGGCAACAAUGUUUCACAAUUACCAUCCUGAUUGUCAGAGAGCAGUUAAUAACCAGAUCCAGCUACAGUUGUAUGCGUCUUACAUAUAUUUGUCGAUGGCUUUCUACUGCAGCCGCGAGGAUGUGGCUAUGCAACAUUUUACAUCUUUCUUCCUGGGCCGAUCGCAUGAAUGGAAGGUGAGUGCCGAAAUACUCCUGCAGAUGCUAAAUAAUCGUGGUGGCCGCAUCACUACGAGAGAGAUCACCAAGCCCGAUGGCGACUACUGGCAAGACGCCUUCCAGACAUUAGAAUGUGCCUUUCACUUAGAAGUCAUCAUCACAGAGAGCCUCCUGAAUUUGUACCAACUAGCCAUCAGCAAGGGAGACCUACAACUCGGAAAUUUCCUGAAGGAUCAUUGUCUGCACCGCCAACUGGAAACCCUGACCAAGAUCAGUCGUUUUCUUACCAACAUGAGGGAUAUGUGGUCAAUAGAAGACACCUUAACCGAAUACCUGUUUAUCAAGUUUGCCCUUCACAACAGAAUCCAGAAGAACUGA